AUGAAAGCUGGCAUCGACUCAGUGGUCACCUUGGGCGCGUUCAACAGCUCAUUGGCUAGGGCGGACGACAAGUUCUCUACCACCUUUUCCCCCUUAUCAAUGAGAGAAGAAAGGGCUACCCUUGAGGGUUUUAAAGUCCGGGAGCGUUUAGCGGCUUUGCCUUUGAUGUUGGGUUCUGUCGAAGAGAAGUUGUGGUUCCGAUUUUGUUGGUUUUUAUCGAAGAGAAGUUGGGUUCUGUCGAAGAGAAGUUGUGGUCCCGAUUUUGUUGGUUUCUGUCAAACAACUGGGGAAAGGUCUGAAAACAUGGCUGUGGAAGAGAGAUUUACUGUGGUGUUGACAUAUGAAAACAAAACCGAUUCUUUAUAUAAUGUCCCUAUUGCAAGGUAUUCGUACAUAUCCUUGUUGUCUGAUGUUUAUAAGUUGUUUAACAUAGCUGCAUCAUUUGUUUCGUUUGUUACUGGUAGUGGGAUGAGUGUAGAAAAUGAUGAUGAUUUAAUGUUGGCUUUUGAGUUGUACAAACAUAGUCAUAAAUUGCCUUUGACUGUACACGUAAAGGGGGUCCCUCUGAACACUGAGAUGUCUGAUGAUGACGAUGAUGAUGAUGAUGUUUGUAUUAUUGGUGAGAGCAGUGAUACUGGUGAGGGUAGUAACCUUGGUGAGGGUGGUAAUACUGUUGAGGAUAUUAACCUUGAUGAUGCCUUAGGUAGAAAAACUCCCCCAUUAAAUAGGGAUGUGUCCACAAGAGGUAAGGGCAGGAGUGUGCCAUUAAGAGGAAAGGGAGGAAGAAGCAGUUUUACUAGAGGUAGAGGGAUAAGACAGGAAAGUGUUAGUGAAAGUGGGCAGUUAGGGGGAGGGGCCAAUGAAUCACCACAAAUUGAUUCUGAAAGUGAUGUAUCAUUCAAUGAAAGUGAGGUUGGAGAUGAUUUACCUGAAGAAGUUAUAUUUGACAAUGAGAUUAGUACUGAGGAGUCAGAUGGGUUAUCAGGUUAUGCUAGUGACAAUGACAAAGAGGUUGAAGAUAGUGAGAAUGAGUCUUAUGAUCCAAAUAAUAGAAAGAAAAAAUAUAUUGAUCCUUAUCAUGGCAUGUAUGAUCAUCCCUUCCAACACAAUGAAGGGGAAGAGAUUUUGUUUAAAUAGGGCCAAGUUUUUAAGGA